GAUUUAAUUACUCCGUCCAAUAGCAGAAGUUGCGUGCUCCCGGUUCAGCACCGCCGUUGCGCCGUUGAUUCAUUGCUCCCUGAACAACUAACUGCACCAGCACCGAUGCGAGAGGGUAUCGACAUGGAUCCGCGUGGUUGUCGCCGUCGCCGUUGUGGUCGUGCCCACCAGGCGACCUUCCCUCUUCCACUCUGUAGGUCUCUGUUCCGGAGGUUGCCACUCGGUCUAUCUUCAUCGUUUUCUGGAGGAAUUGCUGCAAGUGGUGCGGUGGAUCUGUCGGCUUAUUGACGAGGCUGCUUGUUGAUGUUGUCAACCCUGUUUCGCAGCUCCGAUUUUGUUGAAUGUUUCCGAAUUGCGGAGUUGAACGGAGUCAAUAUAUUGCCGAAGAGGGAGAGCUACGUUGUUCUCGUGGUUGUUGGCCAACGCUUGGUCUGGUCUUGAUUCGUUGAGACUACUCCUUGCGCGCUAUUCAGAUAAUGUUACACGUUCCCUUCUGAGAUGUCUUCGCAAGCAGAUUUCAUUACGAUGAUGAUCCCAGGUUUCACUACCCCUGGCUCGACCACGCUGCGAAGAGCAGUUCCAUUUCAUGACAAUAUGGACAUGUUGUUUGGGGAAUGGAGUGGUGGUGGAGAAAUUGCUCUCUGGUUCGGCUCGGUGUUAUCUGGCAUCAUGUUCUGCAAGCUUAUGUACGAUUUUUCCAAAGACAUUAGCCCGAACACAUUUCCAGGCUACAACAAACUGACGAGAACGCAGAAAGUGGAAUGGAACAAUCGGGCUUUUUCAACAGCUCAUGCUUUCGUUUCAUCUGCUAUCGCAUUUUACUUGUUGUAUGUCAGCGACAUUUUCCGAGAUUCUGCUCCUUAUGGACCUGUUAUGUUCCGAAGCUCCAUCCUCUCCCAAUUUGGUCUUGGGUUUUCUUGCGGAUAUUUUAUCGCGGACAUGGGAAUGAUAGUUGCAUUCUAUCCAACUUUAGGAGGCUAUGAAUUUCUCCUGCAUCAUUUGGUGUCAAUGCUGGCGUUGAUUUUAGCCGUACACUCUGGGCAUGCUCACUUGUAUCUGUACAUUGUUCUUUUGUCGGAGUGUACAACACCUUUCAUCAACCUGCGCUGGUACCUGACUAUACUGGACCUCAAAGGCACAGAUGUGUACCUAUAUAACGGAGUAUUCACUGCCUUUUUGUGGCUGAUAGCUCGUGUGAUCAACUUCGUGUAUUGUUUCGUUCAUCUAUACCUUCAUUUUGACCAGGCGAAGCAGGUCCACACAGCAGGAUUUGUGUUCCUGCUGGUUUCACCAACCAGCCUGGGUUUGAUGAACAUAUUCUGGUUUUACAAAAUAGUGAACGCCUUAUUGCGCACAUUUAACCGCAAACAUGCUCCUUAGUUUCCGCGCCGAGAGUUCCAACUUCAUUCUUAUGUCAAUCUCAACGAGAUGAGGUUGUUUUAGACUGAUCAUCAUUAACCCACUAGAGUAGCAAUCAACUUGAGCUGUCUAUUUAAAUCAUGUGCUUCUUCCUUGAAAUGGUAAUGUACACUGAGCAACUCUCCACAGGUCGUCCGUCGUGUACGUCGUCUUGUUAUCCUCCAAGAGUCGAUGGAAAUUGCAGUUUUGUUGCAAAUGGUGUACCGCGCACUUUCACAAUUA